UUUUGUUCUUUUUUUAAAUUGUUCUUUCCUUUCCGCCUCCGAUAAACACUGCUUUUCUCAAAGGUCACUUUACUUUGUUUAGGGAAAGCAGUCUUCAGCGCCUGCAUGCCAACCUGGGGGCUUCCCUGGAAGUCUUGCCAUUAAUUUAGUUGGCCUGAAGGUCAUAAACCAUGAUCAAUAGGAAGGCAGUGGCUGCGAGGUGCUAAUUGACAUCCCCAAAGAGGAAUCAUGUCAGCAAUCAAUAGAGAAGACAGAGCCCUGGUAGAUUUAUGGCUUUGAUUUUGGGAAGGUGUGGGAAUGCCCAGUGAUGUGCCCCCACCCCCACCCCCUUCCUACACUCCUUUUGAAUGUUAAUGCUUCGUUGAAAAUGAUUUCAGCAUCACUGCUAGACUACUGCUCCACUCACUGAAGCACAAUCCUCUGAAGAGUUGCUGAGGCAGAACUGAAAUCAUGGCUCGUCUCAGAGCAGCAGCUGUAUUGGCCGCUAACGAUGCCUCGCACAGACAGGCGAUGCUCCUCCAACUCCGGGUUCUAAUGGGAAGUUUCUGAGCCUGAAAACAACAGCUUCCGAGCUAGUGUGUGCCAUCGGCUGCCUGCAGACACCACUGACUGCUGCCUGCACACAGCCUGGUCAGGAAGAAUGGAAACUGAAGAGGCUUCUAACUACCUGUAACUGUUCCACCAGGCGAUGGACCCUGUGUUUGCUCAGCCGGAUUCAGAUCACCUGGCCUCUGCAGGGUGCUGUGCCACCAUGAUCUCAGCGGGCUGAUGAUGGAAGAAAAGGCAACCAGGCAACCCAGUGCUCUGGUCUCCCUGCACCAUGGAUGGCGAGCCAUCUGACCCUUCACCCCUGGUGCCUCUUGGCAACAUGUCAACAGAUUCUAGCAUGUCCCUGGAGCAGAAGACAACUUUCGUUUUUGUGGCUUUAUUGUUUAUUUUCUUGGGCAUCCUCAUCGUCCGGUGCUUCCGGAUUCUGCUGGACCCGUAUCGGAGCAUGCCAACUUCUACCUGGGCUGAUGGCCUUGAAGGCCUGGAGAAAGGGCAGUUUGACCAUGCUCUGGCUUAGCAAGGGGGAAGCAGGGCCUCCUCCAUAGGAGGCAGACAGCUGCAUGGGGUGAUAAUGAGUCACUUUAACCAAUGGUCUGAACAAAUCAAACUCUAACAUUGUCUGGUCCGGGACCCACACUCCAUUAAUCUAUAAUCAUACAGCUAGGUUAAAGGCAUUUGAGGAAGUUGGAAAUGUAGGUUUAUGCUACCAAUCCCAAACGGGAACUUUUACAUUUCUGUGUAUACUCAAACAAUGAGGAUGUAUGAUCAUGACGCCAAGGGCACAAAAUGAUGCACUCCGUAAUCUGACCAGAGAAGAAGAGUGGGAAGGAACCGAUCUGAAGCUGGAGACAGGACCGUAAGAGACUGACUUGUUCUAGCCGUAUCUCCUCUUGAUUGAUUUCUCUGGCCUCUGGCAGAGAGAGGAAGAAGCUUUCAAGGAGAUCGCCAGCAUGUUCCAGAGCAGCAACCCUUGAAGAGAAGUGGGGAAGAC